ACCAAGCACGAGUAAGAAACGGGAAAGGAUUCACAGAGUGAAGACGCAGAGUUUGUACGAGUCUAAACUUCACACCGUGUCGAUUUCUGCUUUCACAACAUGGAUGUGCAAAACGCAUGGAGGAUCGUCCUGCUUGGAAAAACUGGAGCUGGGAAGAGCAGCCUUGCUAACACCAUAUUUGGAAAAGAUGUAUUCAAAGUCACUCAUUCUCUCGACUCAGGAGCAAGUAUUUGUCAAGCAAAGUCUGGAUCUGUCAAAGGAAGAAGCCUCACUUUGAUCGACACUCCUGGUUUCAUCAAUCCAGACAGGUCUGAGGAAGAGCUGAAGCCUGAUAUACUUGGGUGCAUCACAGAGUGCGCUCCUGGGCCUCAUGCUUUUCUUAUUGUGGUUAAAGUAGAGAAAUUCACAGAGCAGGAGAAGGAAGUCAUCACUAAAAUAUGUCAAUACUUCUCUGAGGAAGCUUUGAAAUAUGCUGCAGUUGUCUUCACACAUGGUGAUCAGCUCCCUGAAGGAAUGAAAAUUGAGGAGUUUGUCAACCAGAAUGAUGAUCUGAGUGAUCUGAUGAAGAAGUGCAGCGGUCGGUGCCAUGUUGUUGACAAUAAAUACUGGAAAAAAAACCAGCAGGAUGAAUACAGGAGCAACCAGUUCCAGGUGUCGGAGCUGCUCAAUACGAUAGAGAGGAUGAUGACGGAAAACAAGGGAGUCUGCUACACUGCUAAGAUGCUGAAGGAAUGGCAGGCACAAGAUGAGCGCAUUAAACCAUCAUCACCCUUUUUACACAGCAUCUUAAAGUAUUUGAUGAAAAAUGCAAGAAGGAGAUUAUUAAACACAAGGAAAAUUGUCAUCUUGGGAAAAACUGGAGUUGGGAAAAGCAGCCUGGCCAACACCAUAUUUGGAGAGAAAGUGUUCAAGACCGACCACACCAUCAACUCUGGAACAAGAGAAUGUGAAGCACAAACCAGAUCUGUCAAAGGAAGAAACCUCACUUUGAUCGACACCCCUGGUUUCUUUGACACAGACAGAGCAGAGGAGGACACAAAGGCUGAGAUACUGAGGUGUAUCACAGAGUGCGCUCCUGGGCCUCAUGCUUUUCUCAUUGUGCUUAAAGUGGAGAAGUACACCAAACAGGAGAAGUCUGUCAUUGAGAAAGUACAACAAUAUUUCUCAGAGGAAGCUUUGAAAUAUGCAACAGUUCUCUUCACUCACGGUGACCAGCUCCCUGAUGGAAUGAAGAUUGAGGAGUUUGUCGACCAGAAUGACGCUAUGAAAGAUCUAGUUAAGAAGUGUGGCAACCGGUGCCAUGUCAUUGAUAAUAAAUACUGGAACGAAAACCUUAAAGAUGAAUACAGAAACAACCAGUUCCAGGUGGAGGAGCUACUUAAAACAAUAGACAAGAUUAUGCUGGCAAACAGAGGAAGCUGCUACACCAAUGAGUUGCUACAAGCAGUGCAAGAAAAAAUAAAACAAGAGGAGGAGGAGAUUAGAAAGUCAUCAGGAAACAUGUCUGGGGAAGAGAUCAGAAAGAAGGCUAAAGCCAGUGUAUUUAAGAGGUUUUGGAUCAAAUUGGCAGGUGUUACAACAGGUGCAUUGAUCGGAGCUCUUUGUGGCGUAGCUGUGAUGGUUGGAUUAGUUUAUACAGUUUUACUGAUGCGUGCAGAGGGAAAACUUUUAAAACAAGCUAUAGAAAUGACAAUUGGAGCAGCAGCAGGAGGAUCAGAUAAGGUUCAUACCUUUUAA